AUGGCGGGGACCAGGGCGACUGCAGAGCUUUGCCGACGCGGGGAGGAGCAGGAGCAGGAGCAGGAGCAGGAGCAGCAGCAGGAGCAGGAGCAGGAGCAGGAAGAGAAGGGAUCCAGAUUUCUACAGGGAAAUGAGCGUGAGAGAUUGAGUAGCCCAACUAAGAGCAGAUUUCUCUCAUUCGGACGCCCGCAUUCUCCUAUGCAAGCUCCCCUGCUGGGAGGCUCGUGGAUGCAAUCAGAGCAUGGGGCAUGCGACGAGGAUGUGGAGACAAUCGCAAGAAAAUGUCCACGGUGCCAGAAGCUGGAAGCGUUGGUCGAUGAGUUGCAACACUGUAUAUCCUCCAUGGUACAGGGUUAUGAACUAGAGAUAUCUCGGAUUUUUGGAAGCAUACCAGGUUUUGCGGACGAAAUGAAGAAGCUUGGUGAUGCAUACAAGUACGGCAGUGAUGGGUAUGAGAUAGACGUCGAAAGGUCGAUGAUGUAUUAUGAAGCAGCUGCACUGCACGGAUCGGAAGAAUGCUGCGUGCAAGUCGGGAUCAAGUACCUAGAGAGCCAGCCACCCGACGAUGCCAAGGCGCAAAACUUCUUCACUUGUGCAGCUGAGGCUGGGAGCUCGGAGGCAGCGUAUCAACUGGGGAUGAUGUACUACAAUCUGUCAGAGCCGAAGGGAGGGCAAGAAGACGAGAAUUUUCACCAAAGGAGCAUCAGGGAGGCUGUGAGGUGGCUGCAGGCUGCGCUGAAGGGAGAUCACGUGCUGGCAAAGUAUCAGCUGGCAACCAUGUACGCGCAGGGCGAGGGCCUCCCAAAGGAUAUGCAAAGAGCGCACGAGCUGUUCCAGGAGUGGGAGAAGGGAUGCGCCGAUCCUCAGUCAGCAGGACAUCGUUCCUCUCCUCGUAGCCCGACCACGAAGUCGAUCAAGUCGCUCCGACAGAGCAGGCCGCUGCAAGAAGUGUCUGUGAACAUCCCGGAUGUGACCAGCCCCCUCACGGCCCGGGUGGAUUCGCUGCGAGGGAGGAUAGCCAAGUUGUCGUUAGCGCUCUCUGAUACAUGA